AUGCUGACCUUCGGACCAUUAAGAAGGCAUACCGAGAGAAGGCCUUGGUUUGGCAUCCGGACAAGAAUCCGGACAAUCGAGAGGCGGGCUGCUUGCAUGACAUCAUCUGCGUCGACACAUGAGAACGUUUGUGAGCUCUUCUGCCCAACCCAAGCCGAGCACCGAGUCGCGACUAUUUGGAGGGUUGGAAUGCGACUGUGCAAGCCUCCGAAACUGACAAAACAAGGUCAUACAAGAUCAUUCAAAAGUAAGGUGAUUCUGAUGCUAGUCACCCAGCACUGCGUGAUCCACCUGAUGCUUGCUGGUCCGCAGUGA